AAGUCCAUCGGGUGGUAGCGAUGAUUCAGUAUUAUAACAGAAGCUGUGGCCUCAACAUGGCUUUACGACUUUCUCGACUUCGUUAUUUAACUCUAACGUUAAUAUUUAUAGGCAUUCACGGAAAACAUGUGCAAGACAGGGAUUCAAUUAAUAUUAAAUGCCAUGAGAAUGGAAGGUUUUACAGAAAUCCUGACCGUGAAGAGGAAACAAUGUGGACUGCAGAUGAGUGCUCAAAAUAUUAUCUCUGCUUAGAAGACGAAGUAUUCGAGUUUCAAUGUACAAAGGGGCUACUAUUUGAUGUGAAUCGACAGCUUUGUGAUAUGUACCAGAAUGUUCAUAAUUGCGAUUUAACUACAGAAACGUUGGUACCCAAACCUCUACUGGAAACAGCUAAAUGUGCGAAUGACACGCAUCUCGGCUGCGCAGACGACACUUGCAUCCCGGCGGAAUACUUCUGUGAUGGCUCCAAUGAUUGCUCCGACUCGUCAGACGAAGGUUGGUGCGACGUCAACUAUGAUCCAAACGCAGCCCUACCUUGUGACACAGGAUUAUGUCACUUACCGAACUGUUUUUGCUCCAAAUACGGUAAUGAAAUACCGGGAAAUCUAGUUCCCAGUCAGACACCACAAAUGAUAACCCUUACAUUCGACGGUCCCGUCAAUCACGAAAACUGGGAUAUCUACACGAAACACAUUCUAACGUCAGAGAGAAAGAACCCAAACGGCUGUCCCAUUAAGGCCACUUUCUUCAUAUCGCAUCCGUAUACUAACUACAGACACGUGCAAAAAUUAUGGAAUGACGAUCACGAAAUCGCUGUUCAUUCAAUAACACAUCGCGGCCCAGAGGAGUGGUGGUCUAAGAAUGCUACAAUUGAAGAUUGGUUCGAUGAAAUGGUAGGACAGGCUAACAUUAUCAACAGAUUCGGUCGAGUUUGGAUGGAAGAAUUUAGAGGAAUGCGGGUACCAUAUCUGUCUGUGGGUUGGAAUAGACAGUUCUUGAUGAUGCAAGAAUUUGGUUUCGUAUACGACGCCACUGUGGUCGCGCCACCAGUCAAUCCUCCCUAUUGGCCUUACACUUUGGAUUACAAAAUGCCUCAUCAAUGUACUGGAAACAACCAAUAUUGUCCAACAAGAAGCUACGCAGGGCUCUGGGAAAUGGUGAUAAACCCACUCGAAAAUGGUGAACACACGUGUGCAACACUCGAAUACUGCCCUUCCACACUCAGUGGUGAUGACGUGUACAACACCCUCAUAUAUAACUUCAAGAGACACUAUUUAAAGAAUAGAGCUCCGUUCGGCAUCCAUUUGAACUCCACAUGGCUGAAGAAUAAUGAUUAUCUCAAUGCACUUAAGAAAUUCACUGACGAACUGCUAAAACUGCCCGACGUGUACUUUGUAACAUACCGCGAAGUCAUCGACUGGAUGAAACGACCAACGCCUGUCAUACAAUUGAAAAAGUUCCAACCGUGGCAGUGCAAGAACCGACGUUUCCACGAAUCCGAGAUCGCUUGCAACAAACCCAACACUUGUAAACUACCCUCCAAAGUUUUAGAACACGACAAAUAUAUGAUCACAUGUGUUGACUGCCCUAAAAGCUACCCCUGGAUACGAAACGAAUUCGGCUUCGAUUGAAUAUAGAUAGCAUAAAUAAAAACCUAUAGUUACCAAUUUAGAUUUAAGUGUUAAUUAUAAAUAAUAAUGUAAUAUUAUCAA